AGUAGCAGGAGCAGCAGCAGCAGCAGCGGCGGCGGCAGCAGCGAUCACGACGGCGACUGCCAUCUUGAGCGUGACGCGCAACUCAGAGGUCGUGGGCUCCACCAGUGACGAAGCCACUGGAGUUUUGACGUGGCUGCUACGUACCUGCCCGACUGCCCACUCCGAUUGCAGCAAACUUGGUGACGAGAAAUACGUAACUGAGCUCGCGAGGUAGCCGGGCUAUGGAAAGUAUGGUCGAGGAAAAUGGAUCAGCCGUCGAUCCGUUGUCCCAGAGCUCCCAGAGCGGCGACGCGGCGCCAGCAAUCGCAACCUCGGUACAAUCUAUCGAUAGAACGCAUCAGCCUCAAACUCACCACCUGGUAGCUUCUACCAGCAUUGUGCAACUGACGCUACCCUCGUCGGGAACAGCACAGGUGCAAUCAGUCAUACAGCCCAAUCAACAGUCCGUAAUACAAACCGCCACGAACAUACAGCCCGUCGCCAUCUCCAAAGGAAACGUCAUUCUGGUUAGCAAACCCAACUCCGUUAUACAAACUGCACAGGGCAAUUUACAGACGCUUCAGGUGGUUGAAACCGGUAGCGAUGACAGUUUCUCAGAUGAGGAUUCACCCAAGAAGAGGAAUAUUCUAACCAGACGACCGUCUUACAGAAAGAUUCUCAACGAUUUAGGCGGAGGGGAAAUUACAGACGGUCGUUUGCCCCCCUUAGAAUCAUCCUCUGAGUGUGAUUCUAACGUGGACAGUGAAGUGUCUUCCCAUUCGCUUCAUUACCAAACAGUAAUUCCUGCCGGUACUAUUCAAAUUGCGACCCAAGGGGAGGGAGUUCCGGGGCUUCACACGUUAACUAUGAGCAAUGCGGCGACAGCGGGUGGAGCUAUAGUACAGUAUGCACAGGGCCAGGACACUCAAUUUUUUGUACCAGCUUAUACAGGUCACGGGGUGGUAGUGGAGGAUGCGGCACGAAAGAGAGAGCUAAGGUUGCUUAAGAACAGAGAGGCGGCGCGUGAAUGUAGAAGAAAGAAGAAGGAAUAUAUAAAGUGCUUAGAAAAUCGUGUUGCGGUGCUGGAGAACAGAAAUCAGACGCUAAUCGACGAACUCAAGUCGUUAAAAGAAUUAUAUCAGCAGAAAACCGACUGAGAUUGGUGUUUAAAGCUUGCUCGACAGUGUAUCAAAACUAUUAUCCAGUCGACGAACCUGUACAUGUCUUGUUUGUGUACAUUAUCCUAAAUGUUGCUAGGGGUAAGCGAUGGUGAUGUACAUGCAUUCUUAUAGAUAUUUCUCUGUAACAUACUGUAUUUAAGUACGAAUACGAAGGCUUGUGAAACUUGCUGUUACUAAAGCGGGAAGCCAAAGUUAUAUGAGACACGGUGGCAGCAAACACGUAGGCAAUAUUUCGUAUAUCAGUUUCUAUUUUGGAUAAACACGGCGCGCGUGAUUUCGCUCGAAUUCACCCGCUCGAAAUUUCGAUUUUACGGAAUAUAGAGUUAGACCGCAUUAAUAACAUAACUGGCAAAUGAUAUUCGUGUUUGUUUAGCAUCACUGUGUAUACCGACCGUUUGUACUAGAUGAAGGCGUGUCUUGCUUCAUUAUGACAUGCUGCAAUUUAUUUCUCUAUAUAUGCGUAUAGAAAACGAAUAUACAUACAUCUAUAUACGGAAGCGUUAUUCAAACGCUAACUGGAAAUAGCUUUCCGACUAUCUGCGUGAAAAUUUGCAUGUAAAUAUUUCUAUAACGAGACGUGCCGUGACUUGUGUAACAGACAUUGUUCGAGACAUUUUUGGUAGAUGACAGACUUUUAUUACGUAUUUUCAUCUUUAGGAAAAAUAAUUUGUCUAGAAGAUAUAAUAAAUUAUUUUUCAAAAACGCCCAAUUUUUCCUGAAACAUAGCAUUUCGCACGAUUGUUAAAUUGUUGUAUACAUAUAUUUGACGUAAUCAUGUUUCUUGUGGUAUCUAUAGUAAUUUGGGAUUGACUUUGUAUAACAGACGAUGAUAGUCAGUUCAUAAGAAAAUGGACACAAAAGUCAUAUAUUUGAGCGCUGUACAAUACAAAAGUCUCCUUUCGGUAUAAAUAAUACAAACGGUUUUCUGUGCAUGUAAAGAAUCGUGCCAUGGCGAGACGCGCUUCCAUCUACCGUAAAUAGGUUUUAAUAUACGAUCUGUCACAAAAUGUGGAAUUAUAUAUGUUGUCUAGUUUCACAAAAAAGAAAAAUUGAGAAGCAACAUUAAAAAAAGAUGUGCUUCUGAUGAAGAUGCUUGAAAAUUGAAUGCUCUUUAAAAGAAAGCAUCGACGUAGAGAAAAAUUUAUUGAAGUAGUAAACGUGACAUUUGAAUGAUAUAAGAAAAAAAAAGGAAAAAAAAAAGAUAUCUCUCAUUCUCAUGCCUGCAUCUCUCGUUUGCUGUAUAAACGUGCAUACAAGGCGGUAUUAUGUCGCUUUUAAAACGAGUAAAAUAAUCCUAUUUUACGUCUCGUCAGAAUGCCCCGUUCAUCAAAAACGCUGAACAACUUGUAAAAUAUGAAUGUAAUAUACAUCUGGAGUGCCUUGAAGAUUUACGAUACUUGUGAUAUACAUAUACAUAUGUUGGAUACAAAAGAAGAAAACGCGCAACAUAUGCAUAUGUAUGUAUAUACGUAUGGAGGAAAUUAAGUUGUAGGUAAAUAUGGGUAGAUAUAUAUAUAGAUAUAUAUAAAUAUUAUAUGAUAUUUUUAAAGUAUAUAUUAUUAAUAUAGUUUUAUGUACUUGACACACACACACACACAACUCUAUCACGAGAAUUGUAUUAUUUUUGGGAACUCGUGUUCCCACGUAAUCUCAUUAUCGUCAAGUCGAAAACCAAUUACUGACACAUACUGACACUGCGCAAUGUAUUGUGAACAAUACGCGUGGUUUUACCAUGAAGAGAUAGCGUUAAAGACCCAAAUAAAGAGCAUAAUUUUUUUAACAAAA